AUGGCUCGUUCCCGACUUGGCUCAAUGUCAGGCCUCUUACCAGUUUUUCUCCUCUCGCUUUGGGCCGCCUUCCUUGGCGUAUCGUCUGCAAGCGCCCUGUUUCCAUCGAUCCCGGAAAGCGUCACCCUCAAUAAAUGGAGCGCGACUCGUCGGAUAUCUCGGAUCUCCUAUACGCCCAUUCGCGGCUCUCGCAUCAGCAGGCGCAGUCUCACGGAAGUCGCGUCUUCGGGCGGAAUCAGAAGCAGCGGGGAGAGGAUGCGGCAAACGAAGCUUCCGCAUGGAGUCAGAGCUCUCAUCGACACCAGCGCCCAGGCCGCUGGUGCAUCCGCUUCGAAUUCGGCACCCAAGAACAUUGGCUACCACUGGGAUGAUCCUAGCGCCGCCUACAUGUGCUCUGCAGACGCCAAGUACUGCGGGGUCAUGCACGAGCCCAUCUCAGUGUACCUCAUAUGGUACGGCCAGUUCGCGGAGGCGCAGAAGCAGAUCAUGCGCACGUUUAUCGAAUCGCUCAAUAACAGCAACGACGCCUCCCUGACAGUUCCUAAGUGGUGGAACAUCAACCGGCUCUACUACGACGCCCAAGGGAACUACAUUUCCGGAUCCGUUACCCUGAAGGGCGAAAUCGACGACACUCUUUACUCCAAAGGCACCACUCUGUACAACUCUGGAGUCGCCGACCUUGUUUCUGCCGCUGUGAAUGACGGGAAACUGCCCUACGACAGCAACGGAGUGUAUUUUGUCCUCGGGGAUUCCAAAGUGGCUCAAGAGGACGACUCAAGCUACUCCCAGGCAGGAUUUUGCAGCAGCUACUGCGGCUGGCAUGCGUACACCCACGACAACCUCGAGCUUGUAAUCUCGUUUGUUGGUAACGCGGUAACCAGGUGCCCCGAGGGCUGCAUCCCGCCGUACCUGAACCAGCCGGGGGCGGUGGCGCCGAACGGCGACGCGGGGAUGGACGGGAUGGUGUCGGUGUUGGCACAUGAACUCGCAGAGGCCACCAGCAGCCCCUUCCUCGCCACGUGGUUCGACGACCAGGGCGAGGAGAACGCUGACAUAUGCGCAGGGGAGUAUGGAGAUGUAACCCAGGAUGCAACCACAGGGGCAUACUUCAACCUGGAAGGUGUCCGAGGAUCUAAGUUCAUUGUGCAGGCGAAUCUCGACCCGGUUACUGGCAGCUGUGUGGUGCAGUCUGAUGGGCCUGAGGCUCUGGGAAGCUCGAGCCAGCCUCCCUCUUCAGCUGGGCCUACUCCCAGCCCCAUGGCAUUCAGAAGUAACAACCGUCCGUCGUUCCAUAUACGAGCCAUCGUCGCACUUCUCCUCUUCGCCACACUCUCCUCCAUCGCCUGCGCGCGACAGCACAGACGACUCCUCAAAUGGCGCAAGCGCACGGACGAUGACCUGCUGAUGCGCGGCGCGAUGCCGGAAGGAAUCGCGCAAGUCGUCGACACGAGCAGCAAUGAUCCCGCCACUUCAUCGUCCGCUGCCGUAAACACCGCGGCUACUUCCGCCUCCGCCGCUUCUUCCGCCCCCGCCCCUUCCCCCGAGGCGGUGAGCCAGAUGAUCGCCUCAGCGCUCCGCGCACCUUCCUCCUCCGCAUCCAUCUUUCCGCCCCGCGGCUCCCCCGCUUUCCACAACAUCGACCCGCACUGGGAUGAUCCCGAGGUUUCCAAAGUGUGCAACCCCCUUACAAAGUACUGCGGCGUUAUGUACAAGCCCAUCUCGGUGUACCUUAUAUGGUACGGCAAGUUCACAGACGCGCAGAAGCAGAUCAUCCGCACGUUUAUUGAGUCACUCAAUAACAGCAACGACACCGACGUUACAGUCACCAACUGGUGGAACGUCAACCGUCUAUACUACGACGCGAUGGGCAACCAUAUCUCCGCAUUUGUGACUCUAAAGGGGGAGAUCGACGACGCGGAUUACUCCAAGGGCCGCACUCUUCUAAGCACCGACGUGGCGAAACUCGUCUCGUCCGCGGUUACCAGCAAGCAGUUCGCGAACGACCCGAACGGCGUGUAUUUCGUCAUGGGAGACGAAACGGUGGCGCAAGAGGAUGACACGGCUCCAGAGAAAUCCGCGUUCUGCAGGAACUACUGCGGGUGGCACUUCUACACGCGCGACGCUCUUGAACUCCCCAUCGCGUUCGUUGGCAAUGCCGCCAAAAGGUGUCCCAAGCGCUGCAUCCCUCCCCAUCUCAACCGCCGCGGAGCAGUGUCACCGAACGGCGACGCGGGGAUGGACGGGAUGGUGUCGGUGUUGGCACAUGAACUCGCAGAGGCCACCAGCAGCCCCUUCCUCGCCACGUGGUUCGACGACCAGGGCGAGGAGAACGCCGACAUCUGUGCACACGAGUACGGGGAGGUCAAGAAGGAUGCGGUUACCGGCGCGGUGUAUAACCUUGUUGGCGUGCGCGGGUCGAGGUUUUUAGUGCAAGCGAAUCUGGACCCUGUGAGGGGGGCGUGCUCGAUUGAGGCGGACGGGCCUGGAGCUGAUGUUUUGACGAGUCAACCGGGAUGGUUGUGA